UGGAGAGUAAACUCAAAAAUACAAUGUUCUAAUUAAGCGAAAAAAAUGUUCUGAAUAUACGAAUAUUUCGUAUCGCUCGUAUAAGUAGUAUAAGAAAGCGUCAGCGUGUCCAGAAAUAGCCUCAGCUAUUUCGGACUUGUACACCAUUCUGGAAAUGUCCGCCGUGCUGAAAACUCUAAAAUCGCGAAAAGUCUGAUAAUCAUCGCCUUUUGAUAAAUAUAAUAUCAGGAUAUCAUAAUUCCAUCAAUCUAUUGCUGAAGCUUCUGUUUUCCUUUCUGUGAUUUACUAAAUAAAAUCCGGUGAUUUUCGAGUUUUUGUGAUUUAGUCUCUGUGUAUACUGUUGUGUGCUAUUAUACUAAUCCAGACGCUGAUUUUUAUUUUCGCCUCUAAGUAAGGGUGUACGCCUAGCAAUGCCUGCAGGCAAGGAGUCCUCAAAUCCUGCCCACAGAACAACAUUUCGACCACCAUGGGUAAAAGAAGGGGUCCCGCCAGCACUGCCUACACCAGCCGCACCAUGGACGCUAAAAAACAGAAGAGACAGUAGCACAACUGCCAAUGAAAAUGUAGAGAAAACAGAAAAUAAUCCUAUAGCUGAAGUGCAGCUCCGAAAAACUCCGACAAUCAAAAGAAAAGACUCUCAGGAAAACGGAGAAGCUGGAAAAAAGAAUAAGAUUUUAGCUAGCGUACAGCUUAGGAAGACCAACGUACAACCAAAAAAGGAGCCGCAGGAUAAUGGUGCCAAAGAAACUUUUUUCCAAAAACCGGCACUUAAACCAGUCCCUCAGGUUGAGAAAUCUCCUCCCAGAAAGGAUCACAAGCUGCACAACCUUCCUACAUUACAAAAGGCUUCAGAGAGGGUGCUACCACCUAGAAAGCCCAGUAAUGUCGAGACAUCGUCUGAAGAGGAAGAGACCGAAGAAGAAACUAGUUCAGAGGAAGAGGAGAUUGAUAAGGACUUGCCAACAAAACGCAAUGCAUUGGUGAGGAAUGCUUCUAUGAGAAAAAUGUCCCAAGGAAUCGUUCCCCCACCACCGCCAGCUCCGGGUAUGCCUCCACCGCCACCCAUGAUGCCCGGAGAACUACCGAAAAAACCCAUUACUGCAAAACAGAGGUCCAGACUGGAUAAACUCAGGUCAAGGCCAAAGAACAGACCUGACUGGAACAACUUGCUGAAGGAAAUAGAAUCCAAAAAGAAACUAAAACAUGUAGUGUGCAAUGACAGAUCUCAACCUCUUCUCCCCGAAGCCAAAGCUCCAGACGAACACUUCUUGUACAAAAGUGAAGAGCCGAAUGUUCAUAAUGAAUUACUCAAACAGAUUGAAUCCGGUAUCAAGCUGAAAAAGGUUAAAACAAACGACAGAAGUAAGCCUAUGUUAGAUGGGCUACGCAAGAUCCGCAGGCAAAUGACAAUAGAAGAACAAAUACAGAAAUCUAUAUCUAUGGCCAGUAUGCCUCCAGAGGAGAUACUACCCGACGAAAUUGACGAAAUGGACGACAUUGACAAAGUCAGAGAUGACCUGCAGAGUACCAAGCAAAUGUUAGCUUUGGAGAUGAGAAACAAAGAAGCUCAAGAACGUGAAAAUAAAAGACUUCUAGCUAAAAUUCAAAAUCUCGAAGCUGAGCUUGAGAAAGAGAAAAGUAGAGGAGGUGACAAAAGCGGCAAAGGUAGCAGCGCGGCUGACGAUAAAGUGAUACAGUCUCUGAAAAAGGAAGUUGAAGAGGCAAGAAAAACUGGCAAAGAAUUAGAAAAGAAGUAUAAUGUUACGGCCGAAGAACUGGAUUCAUCGAAAAGUAUGGUGGAAGACUUGAAGAGGCAAAACUCUAUGUUAGAAAAGAAACUACAAGAAGCACAAUCAGGCAAACGCCUUUCUCUAUCGGAUCGUAAGCAGAGCCAAAACACGAAUGACGAAGAUGAAGACUUGGAAGAAGAUGAACCAGACGAAGACAGUGGAGGCGAAGAUACUGAAGAAAAGAGAGAGAAGAGGGCUCAGAAGGAGCUGAAAAUGUUCAGGAGGAAAUUACAGAAUCUUAAAAACAAGGAGGAUAACGCCAAAAAGGAAAGAAUUGCACUCAAAGAUAUCAUCAAGAAACAUCAACAAGCUAUGAAAGAUGAGAAGAAAAAAUAUAAACAAUUGAAAAAAGAGGUUGAUAAGAUGGCGUCAUUGAUGAAAGAUGCCGAAGAGGAAGAAGAAGAGGAAGACGAAAAAGAAGCAGAAGAAGAGGAGGAGGAGGAAGAGGAAGAAUCCAGCGAGGAGGAAUCUGAGAGUGAUUCUGAUGGCAGUGAUUCAGAAAAGAGUCAAAGUGAAACAGAGGAUGCACCGGUGGAGAAAAAGAAAGUCAACUUGAGCUCGAGGUCUAAACGACACGAGAACCGACUAAAUGCUUUGAAAAAAGGCAACUUUCUUUUGAAAACGAACGCAGAAAGGCUGCAAGAUGACCUCAACAAGCAGAAAGACUUGACGGCCAGUCUACAAGAGGACUUAGACUCUGUUUUGUCAGAGCUGGGUUAGCUCUGUGGAUACCAGAAUGUGCGAAAAGAAUGAAUGUUUAUAAAUUAAUUAUAUUAAUAGCGCAAAACACCACCAAUUUAAUUAAUCAUGUAUUCAACAGACUCUGCCGAUUUUACACUAAAAUACUUUUUCUAAGUUUAGGAUACAUGCAGACAUUAUAGUUUCAGAAAAGACGCAUAGUACAUGAUGAUUCGCAUUCGACCCCCACUCAAAAAGCUGCGUAAUAAAGAAUAUGUAGGAAGAAAAAAUCAGAAAUGCUCAAAUUAUUUUCCUUUCCAUAUUUUAGAUGGAAUUUUAAAAGGAAUUGCUAAUUUACAGCAUAUUUAUUUUCAUUCCUUAUGUCGUCCCUACUUCAUGGAAAAAUUUUAAAUAUUGUUAAUGAUAAAUAUGCCUCGUUCAAUUGAACUCAAUAAAACGCUUAUCAGGUAUCUCAGUGGUGGGGUCGAAUUUUGAUUACCUUCCAGAAAACUCUCCAAUUUCGGUCGCUUUCAUGACUCAAUUCACUGAUGAAACAUUGGAUCGCUUUUACAAAGCUUGUGUCUAAGUUUAUAAAGAUAAUGUGUCAGAUGAUCUAUUAUAAAUACAAUAAUUUGAUAUUGAUUUAGUAGUGUGAUUAAAGUUGCUUUUACUUGCGCACACAACAAAGCUCAUGUAGUACGGUAAGUUUAUACAGGGUGAUUCAAAAAACAGUGGCAGUAUUUGUAGGACAAAAAGUAGCUUCAAAAUAACACAUAAUGCACAUAGGUCUUAAACUUAGUUAUUACUUUGAAAUCGAGUUAAAAUUGUAUCUUUGGACUGGAUAUUGACCUGAAAUUGUAUACAUGCAGUACUAGUACUAGUAGCUCUCCGUUAGCUUCCUUAUUCGUUGCAUAGGUCUAGGAUUGUUGGAUGGGUACGCCUAGAUGAAGAUUCACUUCCAAGGUUUCCUCGUUACAGUAGUAGCAAAUGUUCAGAGGGGGCGAUGUAGAUAGCUUUUAGUCAGACCUAGAAAUAUCAGAGCCAAGGCUAUUUCGAACAGGCUUAUAUUCACGCUUCUCCAUAAGUACCAUACAACAAUUGUAGCAGAUAAGAAGCUAUUGGAGAUGAAGAUCCAAUAAUUAACUACCGUUGAACAUGUAAGCGCGCUGGGAUUAUGUGCCCACGAAGUCUCAGUAUUGUAUCUGGGAUAGGCUCGUUAGCAUCAGGCUGUCACACAUGAACACAUUCAGACCAGGAUAUCUGAAUUUUAGAAAAUAAAUUGUAAUGAGUGGUUUUGCCAGAUUAUAUUCUUGAGGGUUCGAGGAAAGGUCCCUUAUUGAGAGAUACAAAAAGUGUUGCGGCUAACCUUUUUAAUAACCGACAAAUAUGGAAAAAACACUUUACCGUGUAUAUUAAAGAACUUGAGGUAUUGAAAAAAGUUGUCCAAAUAAAGUAUCACAAGUUCAAUUUUCUGCAGCGAUUAAUUUAUGAUUGCAAAAAAGGAUAAAAGACGUCGAUUUAUAUAUGUAUUUUUCACCAAAAAGAGCAUAACAUCCAAAAAUAAAUUUCAACAAAAAAGUUUCCGGAAAAUUUUAUUGCUAAUUUUUUUUGAGAAAAAUGGUCUUUGACGAGCUGUCCAGUGAUCUUCGUUGAAUCAAAUGUGCUCCUAUUAGGUUGAUUAUGUUAUUAGAGACUUGUUUUAAUAUCGUAGCAAAAGGAACACCAUAAUGUUCUUGGAUAUACAUAAUCGGCCCGUCAAGUGCAGAUCAUUUUUUAAGAAUAAGUCUGUAAUCUAUUCACAGAUGAACUAGAAUUCUGACUACUAAAUAGCUGGUGGAAAAAUAUUUUGGUAAAAAAAUCUUUACAUUGACCUUUUGAGGCCGAAGUAGGAUGAUUUCUUGAAAAAUCACUGUUAAUUAUGUGCAUUGAGGGUAAAAUUAAGUAGCAUCUGAAACUUAUCAUGUGGUUUACAUGCCGAUAAACACCCAUGGUUUUCUAGCCAAUAAAACUACAUGUAUUCUUUACUGUAAACGUUUCAGUCACGGAGGUAAUCUUCAGUACAAAGACACUAUAUUUGACUUACGUCUUCCAGGUGACAGUUCAUUUGUGUUUUCUUUUCAACAUCACAUUCAGUCUAUACAGUGUGUGUUACUACAAUAGUUUAAAAGUCCCGUAACAUGCUGAAAUUGAACGAAUUCCGUUCGCUCUGCUACUCUAUAUAAACUGAAUUCACCCGGCCGGAUCAAAGACACAAUCAUCGACAAGUCAAUGACCACUGUACGAAUAAACCUUAUGUAUUGUGUAAAUAUGAGUGAGUAAGUAAAGAAGUGUUUUUAUAUUCCAAUACAAUGAAUCAAACUCCUUUUUGUCAUAUAAUACUCUCAGCUAUAGCAUUACUGGAUUUAGUGACGUGUCUAAUUUCGCUUUAGUACUAUAUCCAAUUUCAUUAGGUCUUUGAGUCGCUCAAAAACUUGCCACAAUUCGAUUUGCGCCAUAUCACCUAUUUGCUGCAAGGUUUGUGACAUGUUUUUGUAAGCAAAUGAAUGUAACUUAUUUGUAUCGCAAUGUUAUCCGAAGUGCAGAAAUAAUAUAAAACUAACUGAAUCACAUUAAAACUUUUCAUCGUACAAUACUUUAUAUCGAAAUAACUUUUAUACAUGUAAAAGUACGAUAAAUUGAACAUUUCUCUUUUGUUUGUUAACCUAAUGCAACUCAAUUUCAUUUCAAAGCGUUAUAUGCCUUAUCAAUGUAUAUAUUAUGUAUAUUAUGUAAUUGACCGCAAUUGCUUUUGCUCGUUGAGUUAAUCACUCAAUGAGUAGAAUUAUUUUUUAGGAAAUGCGUUUUCUGAUAGUAAAUAAAAAACACGUGUUGCAAUUAUCAUUUUGUGUUUUAAUUCCUUGUAAGUUCAACCAAACUGUACAGUUACUGCGAUGAUACUGUUGCGUUUUUCUGGGUUCUUUUGGGUAUGGAUUAAAAACACUCGAUUCCACAAACAGAAAUGCAAUAAUUUAUUUAAAACACAACACAAUUAACUUUAAACUUAACUAGAUAGAACAUUUAUUUAUGUCUGACUACUUAUUUACGAAUUAUGUCGCGCCAUUAUCUCAACUCUACUCUACUCUGCUUCCCUCUCCCGGC